AUGACUUCUUCUGCCAAGAAAAACUCGAGCACCCCUUUCACUAGAUCAUACACCUCAUCCGUAAUCCCUCGAGAUAUAAACGGGAAGCCAGACGCUUUUGUGGCAAAUUUAUUGCACGAAAAUGUUAAGGAUAUAAUGACUGAAAACGACCAAAAGUCUGUGAAAGGAAAGUCUGUUGACGAAUUUCAACCUGAAGCUAUAUUAGCUUACUAUGAUGGAAAAAACGGUGAUAAAACUCGAGAAAAAGAGUUGCCUCUAGAAAAAAGUGAAUCUUCUGAUGGGAAAGAAGAAUAUAAAAUGAGAAUUAUGAUGCUUGAGGAGGAACUUAGGGAAACAGCGGCAAUUGAGAUUGGAUUAUAUUCUGUAGUCGCUGAGCAUGCAAGUUCGGUGAAUAAGGUCCAUGUUCCGGCUCGAAGGUUGUCCAGAUUUUACUCUAAAGCUUGCAAAACGGGGUUUAAGGCCAGACGGCAGAGUGCUGCUCGAGCUGCAGUUUCGGGCUUAAUUUUGGUUGCUAAAGCAUGUGGGAAUGAUGUUGCGAGAUUGACCUUCUGGCUAUCAAAUUCAAUCAUGUUGAGGGCUAUCGUUAGUGAGGUUACUGCAGAAUUUCAAAAUUCGAGCAUUGACUCGGAUGACGUAUCUGCAUUUAUAACUGCACUUGCAAAUAUAGAAUCUUGGCUCUUUUCUCGAAUUGUUGAGUCCACAUUCACGCCACAUAUGCACCCGGCAGCUGCAAAAAUUAGAGAUGUCGACUCGGUUUCAUCUACAAAGAAAACGUGUGGGAGAAGGAACAGUUUGGGUAGCCAUAAUGAUCAGGGGAAUUUUUCUACAGAGUUAUGGAAAAAAGCUUUCAAAGAUGCAUGUGAAAGGCUUUGCCCCAUUCGAGCAGGAGGUCACGAGUGUGGCUGCUUGUCCGUUCUUGUUAGGCUGGUAAUGGAGCAGUUAGUCGACAGGCUAGACACAGCUAUGUUCAAUGCGAUUCUGCGUGAGUCUGCUGAAGAUAUGCCGACCGAUCCUCUUUCUGAUCCCAUUACCGAAGCUAAAGUCCUUCCGAUCCCGCCUGGCAAAUCAAGCUUUGGUGCCGGUGUUGAAUUGAAAAAUUCAAUUGGGAACUGGUCCAGAUGGCUUAGUGAUCUAUUUGGCCUAGAAGAGGACACAACCGGGAAUAACGAUAUCGUCGCGAAUGGAAAGAAACCGAAAUCUUUCAAGGCCUUCCGUUUGCUGCAUGCAUUGAGUGAUCUCAUGAUGCUUCCGUUCGGGAUGCUUGCGGAUAAUUCCACCCGAAGAGAAGUUUGCCCGAUCUUAGGUCCUACAAUAAUCCGAAGGGUUCUGAACAAUCACGUUCCAGACGAGUUCUGUCCGGAUACUGUCCCACAAGACAUCAUCGAUGCCCUUGAUUUUGAGGUCUGUUCGGAGGUUUUAGGCGAAGAAGAUUUAGUCGCGACCUUUCCUUACUCGGCAAGUCCCUCGACGUAUUUACCUCCUUCUGCAGCUUUACUAACAUGUGUAGGGGAAGUUGGGAGCCAAGUGCUUCAGAGCAGCAGAUUAUCAUCGAUCAAAAAAUCGUACACGAGUGAUGAUGAGCUGGAUGAGCUCGACUCUCCCUACACCUCGAUUAUUCCGGACAGCUUAAGGACUUCUGAUUUGACUAAACUCGGUUUAUUACCAGAAGAAAAGAGUGACAGUAGAAACAUCGUACGGUAUCAAUUGCUCAAGGAGAUUUGGAAAGAUGAUGAGUAG